AUGGGUAGAGAUGGGGGUGGUCGCCGAUUAUUAGGGAUAAUCGCCACCAUGCCGCCUCCACCUUCUAACAGUAGGGUAUUACUUAGUUUAAAGAGAAAGAGAAAGAGGAGUAUGGGUAUUGUGUAUUGUGAGAGAGCAAAGCAGCAGCGAGAAUUGAUGAGGAAGAAAAAAUGUGUUUG